AUGACCCAGAUGACCACCAGCAUUGCGUACGGCGACGACAUCUUCUGCCAGGACAUUGCAGUUCUCGUGCCCACGGUGACGUCGGGCGAGGCUAGCCCCAACUCGCCGUCGUCCGAGUCGUCGGGCUCUGAGACCAAGAAGCGCCGCCGGCCCACGAUCCUCGACGAGCUCAAGUACCUCCGCGCCAAGCACGACGAGCUCUCGACACAGCUCGAGCAGCUCCGAGCGAUCACAAGCAUUGUGCCAAUCGAAUCCGAGUGGGCCAGCCGUGCAGCCACGCAGGCGCAAGCGGCGCAGCAAGCACUGUACGAGAACGCCCAGCUCCAAGGUCUCCUCGACGACCAGAUGAAGCUGCUCGCGACGCUCCAACGUGCGUUCACGCGCCGCCCCAAGCUGUGCGCGUACUCGGCCAUGGCGUCGUGGAAGCGCGCGUGCUUGGGCCUGACCGACCGACGCGCGACGCUGACCCGUGUCCUCGAUGACCACUACGACAAGCUCAGCACCGAAUACGUUCGCCACGACCUGCACACGCACGAAGCAAGUCGCGAGCGCUACACGCAUAUUCAACUGGACGAGAGCGCGGACGGCGACGAGGCGUCGUUGGCACUGCACUCGACGGUCUGCCACUCGUGGCCCGUGCCGUAUACGACGCUCGCAGAGCUCUUGUGGAACAUGAUCACGACGCCGAUGCCGGAGGUGAAUGGCCUCUCUAACACACUCAACGAGUCGUUUGGGACGGAGAUGACGUACGCGCACCAUGUUGCGACGACGUUUCCGGCGCACUUUCCACCGAUUCAAAGUCGGAUCGCUGCACGCAAGUACGUCGAAGCGUCGCGGGUCGUCCUUGUGUGGCGCUCGAUCCUCGAAGACGCUUUGACGCCGUGGAACCCGCAGCAGCUCGUCGGCAACGAAGCCACUUGGAUGGUCGUGAGUGACCAAGGCGACGGCACGUGUCGGUUGCUGACGCACGCGCAGAUGCGGCCGCCGAUACUGCCGCCCAAUGCGACGGACGACAGCCUCUCGUUGCCACCAGGAGUCUUUGCCGAGUGCUUUCUGGGGCAUUUCCAAGUAGGCGCCAAUAUGUUUGAGGCGCUCAUCCAGAGCAAGCUCGCCGCCGCCCCGUAG